ACAACACAUAGCGCUCUCUCACUCUCUUUCUCAUUCUUCAAACACACAGUCUAGUUCUGUAAGUAGGUGUAUAUACAUAAGAUAAAUAGCAUGGCAAAGGAGGUUGAGGCAGCGGAGCGAGGCGAGUUCUCGGCCAAGGACUACCAGGACCCGCCACCGGCUCCGUUGAUCGAUCCCGAGGAGCUCACCAAAUGGUCAUUCUACCGUGCUCUCAUCGCCGAGUUCAUCGCCACCCUUCUCUUUCUCUACAUCACCGUCUUGACCGUCAUCGGCUACAAGAGCCAGACAGACCCCACCAAGAAUACCGACCAGUGUGGAGGCGUUGGAAUCCUCGGUAUCGCCUGGGCCUUUGGUGGCAUGAUCUUCGUCCUCGUUUACUGCACCGCCGGUAUCUCCGGAGGACACAUUAACCCGGCAGUGACGUUUGGGUUGUUCUUGGCACGGAAAGUGUCGCUGAUCCGAGCAGUUAUGUAUAUGGUAGCACAGUGCUUGGGUGCAAUCUGCGGCGUGGGGUUGGUGAAAGCGUUCCAAAAGACAUACUAUGUGACGUACGGUGGUGGGGCCAACGAGCUGGCUGCUGGAUACAGCAAGGGCGUUGGAUUGGCUGCUGAGAUCAUCGGCACCUUUGUUUUGGUCUACACUGUUUUCUCAGCCACUGAUCCCAAGAGGAACGCAAGAGACUGCCAUGUUCCCGUAUUGGCUCCCCUGCCCAUCGGAUUUGCUGUGUUCAUGGUUCACCUAGCCACCAUCCCAAUCACAGGCACUGGUAUCAAUCCUGCUAGAAGUUUUGGAGCUGCUGUGAUCUACAACAAAAGCAAGGCUUGGGAUGAUCAUUGGAUAUUCUGGGUUGGACCUUUCAUUGGAGCUGCCAUUGCUGCAUUCUACCACCAAUUCAUUCUAAGAGCAGCUGCCAUUAAGGCUCUGGGAUCCUUCAGGAGCAAUGCCUAAGUAAUUAUACAUAUGUAUGUAUACAUGUAUGUAUCUGUUGAUGGUUCUAAAGAGAUGGAAAUGAAGUUUCCAAAAGGAAUAACAAUGGAGUGAAUGUUGUCUACAAAAGUACCCUUGGGGAAGGGUUUUGUUCUAGAACAAAUUGGAGGGCCAUGGAAUUGUAGAUAAAAUUUACUUUGUGAAAUGGGUGUCUUUUGUAUCAACAAUCUCUCAUGUUGUUUCUUCUUUAAAUCUUGCUUUGGGAUGUACUUGUGUGGUGUUUUAACUUAUUUCCUCUCUUCUUUUUUCAUCA